AUGCCUCCUAGAAAAAAGGGAAGACAUUCUUCCACUGCGGAUGCUGCAUUCAAUGAUCUUUUAAAACCAACAUAUAGAGGUAAAAGAUUAGAGGAUGAAAUCAAUACGGCGGAGGACAAAUGGAAUCUACUACCGGCAUUCCUCAAGAUCAAGGGACUUGUGAAACAACACUUGGACUCAUUCAACUAUUUUGUUGACACAGACUUGAAGAAGAUUUUGAAAGCAAAUUCUUUAGUGCUAUCCGAUGUGGAUCCUGAUUUUUAUGUCAAGUAUCUCGAUAUACGAGUUGGACACAAGUCGACCUCAGCGCCAGGAACAAAAGAAGUCAUUUUGCCACCUCACGAGUGUAGACUUCGAGAUCUUACCUAUAGUGCACCAAUAUAUGUUGAUGUGGAGUACACAAGAGGACGCAAGAUUAUUAGACACAAUGAUCUCGAGAUUGGAAGAAUGCCUGUUAUGUUGCGUUCCAACAAGUGUAUGUUGGAUGGACUCGAUGAAAGGCAAAUGGCGCAAGUAGACGAAUGUCCAUUGGAUCCUGGUGGAUACUUUGUAGUUAAUGGUACAGAAAAAGUUAUUUUGGUCCAAGAACAAUUGUCGAAAAACAGAAUUAUCGUUGAGGCAGAUGACAAGAAGGGGAUUGUUCAAGCUUCGGUAACGUCAUCAACGCAUGAGAGAAAAUCAAAGACCUACGUCAUCACCAAGAAUGGCAAGAUUUACUUGAAGCACAACUCUAUUGGUGAAGAUGUGCCUAUUGUUAUUGUAUUAAAAGCCGCAGGUAUCACUUCUGAUUUGGAGAUAUUACAAUUGGUUUGUGGGUCAAAUCCUCAUUACCAAGACUUGUUUGUUGUCAAUUUUGAAGAAGCAGCAAGAUUAGAGGUUUUCACACAGCAACAGGCUCUUUUGUAUUUGGGGAAAAGGGUCAAGACCAUAAGAAGAGCUGGUGCUCCCAAAUUGUCGCAAUUGCAGGAAGGUAUAGAGGCAAUAGCUACAACCAUUGUGGCGCAUUUAACUGUGAGCAACUUGCAAUUUAAGGAAAAAGCAUUCUACAUGGCUAUGAUGGCUAGAAGAGUAGUUAUGGCGAUGCAUAAUCCGAAAAUGGUUGAUGAUAGGGAUUAUGUUGGUAAUAAGAGAUUGGAACUUGCAGGACAAUUAAUGUCUUUGCUUUUUGAAGAUUUGUUCAAAAAAUUUAACUCAGAUUUCAAAGCCAACAUAGACAAGAUAUUGAAAAAACCAAGUCGAACAACAGAGUUUGACGCUCUUCUUUCGAUAAAUAUUCAUUCAAAUAAUAUAACCAUGGGUCUAAAUAGGGCCAUCUCCACUGGUAAUUGGUCCUUAAAACGGUUCAAGAUGGAGAGGGCUGGUGUGACCCAUGUUUUGUCAAGAUUGUCAUACAUCUCUGCCUUGGGUAUGAUGACACGUAUCUCGUCUCAGUUUGAAAAAUCAAGAAAAGUGUCGGGUCCAAGAGCAUUACAACCAUCGCAGUUUGGUAUGCUUUGUACUGCUGAUACACCAGAAGGUGAAGCUUGUGGUCUUGUUAAAAAUUUGGCAUUGAUGACCCACAUCACAACGGAUGAUGAAGAGCUUCCAAUAAAGAAGCUUUGCAUAGCUCUUGGAUGUGAGUCCAUACUAGGUCUUGACUCAUCAACUUUGCAUGUUGACGGAAACUUUGGAGUGUUUUUGAACGGUACUUUGAUUGGUGCCACCAGGUUUCCAGUCAAAUUUGUCAAUGAUUUCAGACACUUGAGACGUGCUGGUAAAGUCUCGGCUUUCAUCUCUAUAUAUACAAACACGCAUCAUCAAGCAGUCCAUUUGGCAACUGAUGGAGGAAGAAUUUGUCGUCCUUUAAUUAUUGUGGAAAAGAACAAGUCCAAAGUACAAUCAGAACAUUUGAAAAAAUUACUCAGAGGUGAGUGGCAAUUUGAUGAUUUCUUAAGAGAAGGUUUAGUGGAGUAUUUGGAUGUCAAUGAGGAAAAUGACUCGUUGAUUGCUCUUUACGAAAAGGAUAUUGGCUCUAAUGCCAAUGCCACAGUUACCCAUCUUGAAAUUGAGCCAUUUACCGUCCUUGGUGCCGUUGCUGGAUUAAUUCCAUAUCCACAUCAUAACCAAUCACCUAGAAAUACAUAUCAAUGUGCGAUGGGUAAGCAAGCUAUUGGUGCUAUAGCUUAUAAUCAAUUUAAGAGAAUUGACACUUUGCUUUACUUUAUGGUUUAUCCUCAACAACCAAUGGUAAAGACAAAGACCAUUGAAUUGAUUAACUACGAUAAACUACCGGCUGGUCAAAAUGCCACGGUUGCAGUUAUGUCCUAUUCUGGGUACGAUAUUGAGGAUGCCUUGGUGUUGAAUAAAUCUUCUUUGGAUAGAGGUUUUGGAAGAUGUCAAGUUGUUCGUAAGAACACUGUUCAGUUGAAGAAAUAUCCAAAUCAUACAAAGGACAUUCUUUCCGGUAUGAGGGUUGAUGAAAAUAACGAGCCGAUUUUCCCGCAUCAAGCUUUGGGGCCUGAUGGACUUGGUGAAGUUGGAAGCAGAAUUGAAAAUGGGCAAGUGUUUGCAAACAAGUUUGUGCCUACAAACUCUGGAGAGUCUACUUUUGCAGGAGGCAUGCAACAACAACCUCAAGCCGAGAGUCAUAGAGAAGCAGCACAAUACUACAAAGGACCUGAGCCAUCGUAUGUGGACCAAGUGAUGAUGUCUGUUAGUGACAAUGAUCAAGCAUUGGUUAAGGUGCUUUUGAGACAAACGAGAAGACCAGAGUUGGGAGAUAAAUUUUCCUCAAGACACGGUCAAAAGGGUGUUUGUGGUAUCAUUGUGCAGCAUGAGGACUUGCCGUUUAACGAUGAUGGUAUAUCUCCUGAUAUUAUUAUGAACCCACAUGGUUUCCCAUCGCGUAUGACGGUUGGUAAAAUGAUUGAAUUGAUUUCAGGUAAAGCUGGUGUCCUUAAUGGGUCCUUGGAGUAUGGUACUUGUUUUGGAGGUUCGAAAUUGGAAGAUAUGUCGAAAAUUUUGGUGAGCAAAGGGUUCUCCUAUUCUGGUAAGGAUAUGUUGUACUCUGGAAUAACUGGUGAGUGUCUUCAAGCUUAUAUUUUCUUUGGCCCAAUCUAUUAUCAAAAAUUGAAACACAUGGUGUUGGACAAGAUGCACGCAAGAGCAAGAGGUCCAAGGGCCGUUUUAACAAGACAACCCACCGAGGGUAGAUCAAGAGAUGGUGGUUUGAGAUUGGGAGAGAUGGAGAGAGACUGUGUUAUAGCAUAUGGUGCCUCGCAAUUACUUUUGGAAAGAUUAAUGAUUUCCUCGGAUGCCUUUGAAGUUGAUGUUUGUAACAAGUGUGGAUUAAUGGGUUACAACUCUUGGUGUACCACUUGUAAAGGAAGUGAGAAUAUUAUAAAGAUGACCAUACCCUACGCUGCAAAGUUAUUGUUCCAAGAAUUGCUUUCAAUGAACAUUGCGCCAAGAUUGAGACUAGGCGAUGUCUUUUAG